AUGCAAAACUCAUGAACACAGUUUUAAAAAGGAAAUCUUCUUUUUUUAACAGGAGUGCUUUUCUUUCUUGAUUUGGUUACUUCAAAUAUCCAUUUCACAUUUUAAAUACUCGCUUUGCUCAUAUAUAUUCAUACAUAUUCAUAUAUAUUCUUGAUUAUUCCUUUAUUUUCGAUUCAAUUUCGCUUUCUCUCUAUCAAAAAUAAAAAAAAAAUAAAAAAUAAAAAUAAUAUACUAAAGAAAGAAAGAAAGAAAUUUACAUUAAACCGUUACACAAAUACACAAAUACAUUAAGACUCUACUCAUUUCACUUGAUAACAUACUUAUCUCUAAUCUUCCUUAAAAAUUACAUCCAUUUUAUCCCAUCUUUAAUACCCAUCUUUAAUACCCUUUUCCCAACUUAAUCAAUAAUACCUCUUUUAUCUAUCACUCAAAUCUUCACGCCUCAAACUUUUAAUAUGGGAAAAAUAGCAAUCUUUAACAUGAACAACAAUAAAAUGUACAAUUACAACAUUAGCCAAAAUACCGGGAAAUUAAACGAAUUUGAUAAUAAUUUCAAUACUAAUCAUACUAAUAACCAAAUUAAUAAUCAUAUCCAUUAUUCUGCUAAAAAUUCAAUAAAAAGUAUCAAUAGCAGAAUACAUGCUAAUUCAACUUCCUUUUCAAACUUAAUUUCAAGUGAUUCCAACCAUAGUACGAAUAAUGAAAUUAAUAUUACAAAUAAUAAUUUUAAUAAUAAUAAUAUUAAUUUUAAUAACAUUAAUUUUAAUACUAAUUUAAAUGCUAAUUUCAAUAUCAUCCCGGAUAAUAACUUUAAUAAUUCUAAUAAUAAUGACUAUGAUAACCAAUCUAUACUCUCGUCUUCGUCAACUAUUAAAAGCUUCAAUAGCCAAAACUCACGAUCCCACUCAAAUAAAAAUAUCACAAAUUCCUCCUCUUUAAAUUUUUCCUUAAAAAAAUUAUUCCCAAACUCUUCUAAUACUGAAAAUUCUUUAAAACAUUUCAACUUAUCCCCUGAUAACUCACCAGCUUAUAAUUUUCAUAACAAUCCUAAUAACAAUAGUCAUAAUUUGAACGCUUCAACAAUAUCAAUACUGUCUAAAUCCAAUAAAACAUACACUAGUCGUUCAUCAAGCAUCAAUACCAUCGCUUCUAUCAAUACUAAUAAUAAUAAUAACCUCAUGUUUUCCGAUAAAAAUAUAAUAACUGUCGAAGAACCUACAAAGGUAAUAACUCUUUUAACAUUAACUCCCCACGAAAUCAAAUUAAUAAGAUCGUCUUGGAAUCAAAUGUUAUUAGAUGAAUCGAGCGAUGAAGACUAUAAUCAUGAUUUCUCUGCUCCACCUGUAACUGCUUUAGCUUCUUCACUAUUUUGUCGUCAAUUUUAUCAUAAUUUGCUAUCAAUGGCCCCAGAAUUAGAAGAGAUGUAUCCCUCAAUAAAACACCAGGCUGUAGCCUACUCUGGUGUAUUAAGCACUGCUAUAACUCAUCUAGAAAACCUAUCACUAUUAGACGAUUACUUGAUUCAAUUAGGUAGAAGACAUUCAAGACUCUUGGGUAUUGAGCCCCCUCAUUUUGAAUUAAUGGGUGAAGCCUUUUUAAAGACAUUUCAAGAUAGAUUUGGUGUCUGUUUUACCGUUGAACUAGAAGAUUUGUGGUCAAGAUUAUAUUCAUAUUUAGCCAAUACAAUAUUGCAAGGUGGUGUUGAUCCAUUAAUGAAAUUUCCUGAUGACUACUAUUACCAACCGGAUUUUGAUGAUCAUUUUGCUGUGAGUUCCAUCAUUGAGCCUACAAUAACUAACUUGAGCGAUGCAAAUAUGACAUUAUUCGAUACCUCUUUAUCAUCAUCACCAUUUUCCAACUAUACUGUUCCUCUGGUUUCAUUAUCAUCAACAGUUUCAACAUUAGUUUCACAAUCUCAUGUGGAAGACAUCCCUAAGGAUAUUAAUCCUCCUCGUGAAUUGAAAAUGCUGAAAUCCACAGAUAGUCUUGAAACAUUAAAUUUGGAUAACCAAGAAGAUAAAUUUUUCAAUCCAAAGAAAUCCAGAUUACUUUCAUUUAAAAAGAGAAUUAAUGGAUUUCUCACUACAUCAAACAGACAAUUAUAUCUGUAGUAAAUGAAUGACUAAUUUUAAUAAUUUUCAAUUUUUUCUAAUGAUGUUUUGGGGGGGGG